AUCUGUAAAUGUCUCUUUGUUCUUAACUCUACUGCAAAUACCGUUGAAUCCAAUUGCUCGUACAUUGUGUCUAAGUUAAAAUUGUAUUAUUUUAUUGUACAGAGACAUCAAAAGAACGCACGCGCUGCUUACCACCUCCCACCUUUACCACGACCACCGAAACUAUCGUGUUUUUCCCCCAACCGAAAGUCCGAGCUCAGCUACUACUCACCUAAGCACCCCCGCCACUACUAAUUUAUAUAACGCCGAGAAAGAGGGAAGAUAGUGAGAAAUAUCUUUCAACUCUUCCACCCGCCUAAACCGUGUACAAUAUACUAUAAAGAGUAUAUACAAAACAAAACACACACACAUCAAUCGCAAUGUUCGCAACUCGAGUCCUACGCCAAGCGGCAGCUCACGCCGAGAGAACUCCGCUGAUCCGAUUCAUCGGCAAGCGAUCCAUUCCUGAACACGUAGACCACACCCCGCACCCGCACCCAGCCUCGCCCUCAGGCGCUCUCCCAGCGGGCUUCGGCAGCGGCAGCGGCAGCAACAGCAACUCUCACCCAUCCUUCUCGUCGUACCGCGACCACGCGCAGCAGCACGGCCCCCUGCGCAAGACCAUCUCCGGCGCCGCCAACGGCAUCGGCGCGCAGUCCGCCUCGCACCUGGGCCCCGUCGAGCCGCCCAAGGGCGUCUACUUCGACCGCAACGAGCUGCCCGAGCGCUUCCGCCGCGUCCCGCUCACCGCCGCCGAGAUCGAGGCUAUCGAGACUGGCGGCGCUGCGCUGUUCGGUUGAUUCGUUAUGCCGUUAUUAUAUAUUUAAAAAGAUUUAAAUUUAUCGAUCGAUUCGCUGGGUGCCGGGGGUGCGAUACGCUGCAUAGGAAAGGGAAUGACGAGCGGGCAUAGGACGUACAUAUGAUUUACACUGAUUGUUAAUGAUUUUUGGUUCGUCGACGACGAUGACGAGCAACUUGGACAAGAUAUGAAAGGCGGACGUCGAGUCCGCCGGCCGACGCCCUAGUUGGGGAAGAGGAGGGAAACACACAUUGGUGAUUCAACCACACCACACAUCCCCGGCCAUCACCUCAACGGUGGCCCCCAUUCUAAUACUUGCCUUGCGUGUAUAGCUUUUGUGAAGAAGGGGGAAGAAAAAGAGGGAGAGGGAGGCUCAAUUGCGAUUCCGUUCCUAGCAUUGAAGGCGCGUCUCAAAAGAAAGACAUUGAUUUAUAUGUAUGGUCACCACAAAAAGGUUUAGCACAGCAUGAUUUUUCGGGGCGCUUUCCCGGGUCGAUCGUAUUCGUGGG